GCCCGUUUCUCUUCGCCCCCCCUUCCCCUCCCCCUUUUCCUCCUUCUCGCCCCGACUCCCCAACCCCUUUCCCCUCCUCCCAUCUCUCCUUAAACGGGAUUCCGGCUCGGGACGGCACCACCGGGCAUCCCGCGGCGGCAGCCCCCGGGGCUCCGGCAGGUCCCCGCUGUCCCUCCUCGCACGCACACACAUACACUCACCCCACCACGAGAAGCAGUGAGAAUUAUAACCCCCCUCCUCCCCACCCCGUCCCCCGCUUCUCUCCCUUUAACCCCUCUCAUCGGUGUGGCAAAACGAUCCGGGGGUGCCGUGUCCCCUCGGCAGGGCUCAACCCAAAGCAGCCCCCGGUCCCGGGGGGGUACGAUGAGGUAGAGGGCGGCGGCGGAGCGCCCGGCCGGGGGCCGCGGCAGGAGGGCAUGAAACGGAGAGCUGCGGGGAUGGGAGUUAGCGCUCGCUGCUGAGAGCCGGCAGCGGCCAAGCUCCGAGGACGGCAGCUCGUACAGCUCACAGGGAUCCGCUUUUCACCAUGGGAUUGCAGCUGGCGCUCCUGCUCGCAGGGAUCGUCGCACUCUCGGACACAGCGAGAGGCCCUCCGAGGAUUGCCGAUAAAGUGAUCCACCGUCAGUCAGUGAGGCUGGGCAGGACCAUCAAGCUCCUGUGCCCGGUGGAAGGUGAUCCCCCACCCCUCACCAUGUGGAUGAAAGAUGGACGCACCAUCCACAGUGGCUGGACGAGGUUCCGGAUCCUUCAGCAAGGGCUGAAAAUCAAAGAGGUAGAGAGUGAAGAUGCGGGAACCUACAUUUGCAAAGCCACCAAUGGUUUUGGCAGCACCAAUGUGAACUACACCCUCAUCGUGAUAGAUGACACCAGCUCAGGAAAGAACAGCCAGACACCUGAAGGCUCUAAUGGAGAAUAUGAAGAUCAUUCUGGGAAGCAAUGGGCCCAGCCCAGGUUCACCCAGCCUGCAAAGAUGAGACGCAGAGUCAUCGCCCGUCCUGUCGGCAGCUCCAUCCGUCUGAAGUGUGUGGCCAGCGGCAACCCACGGCCUGACAUCACGUGGCUGAAGGACAAUAAGCCCCUCAUGCCCCAUGAGACUGGGGAGAACAAGAAGAAGAAGUGGACACUGAACCUGAAGAAUCUGAAGCCAGAGGAUAGUGGGAAAUACACCUGCCGAGUGUUUAACAAAGUUGGGGAGAUCAAUGCGACUUACAAAGUUGAAGUGAUCCAGAGAACGAGAUCCAAGCCCAUCCUGACAGGGACACACCCCGUCAACACAACGGUAGACUACGGUGGGACCACAUCCUUCCAGUGUAAAGUCCGCAGUGAUGUCAAACCUGUCAUCCAGUGGCUGAAGCGGGUGGAGUAUGGCACAGAGAGCAAGUACAACUCUACCAUUGAUGUCGGGGGACAGAAGUUUGUUGUGCUACCCACGGGGGAGGUCUGGUCCCGGCCUGAUGGCUCCUACCUGAACAAACUGAUGAUUACUCGAGCCAAGGAAGAGGAUGCAGGGAUGUACAUUUGCUUAGGGGCAAACACCAUGGGCUACAGUUUUCGCAGUGCUUUUCUCACAGUCCUGCCAGAUCCCAAGCCUCCGAGUGCACCUGUGCCCCCCUCCUCAGCCAGCAGCCUUCCCUGGCCUGUGAUCAUCGGCAUCCCUGCUGGGGCGGUCUUCAUCUUUGGGACAAUCCUCCUGUGGCUUUGCCAGACCAAGAAGAAACCUUGCUCCCCACCAGCUGCUGCCCCUGUGCACCGGCCGCAGCCCCGGGACAGGAUCUGUGUUUCCCAGGUCCCAGACAAAGACUGCAUCUCCUCCAUAAACUAUGAGGAAUACGUCGCCCAGCAGCAGCAUUUACUGUCCCAAGGGCCUGCGCUCGCUCCAGCCAUGGCAUCCAAAAUGUACCCAAAGAUUUACACGGACAUCCAUACCCACACCCACUCGCAUGUGGAAGGCAAAGUCCACCAGCACCAGCACAUUCAGUACCAGUGCUAAGAGGGCGGCCGUGUACAGAAGCUCAUGGGGGCUUUUCCUCCUGGUACCUCAGAAGAGACUGCUCAAAGUCAGCUCACACUGCCAGCAGUAGGCAAAGCAGACAGAAAAGAUUAUAUAUAUGAUUUUAAAUAUAUAUAUACAUAUAUAUAAUUGUAUAUG